UGCAAGAUACACUUGAAGGUUAAGUAACUACAGAUCUCAGCUAAUCCCGUGUAAUCUGCUGUUGGUAAAUGGCUGUUUACGGUCCUGGCACACCAGCUUCUGAAUGCUUAGGAUUUUGUUUUCACCUUUUGUUCAAAUAACCUCUGAAAGGAGCGAUGCGUCUCUUUGCAUGCCUGUGCAUUGUGCUCAGCUUUUUGGAAAGAGUGAGCUGUUCGUGUCCUUCACAGUGCACCUGCGACUACUGGGGCAGAGACGAUGGCUCGGGAUCAAGGUUGGUCCUAUGCAAUGACCUGGACAUGAACGAGGUCCCUACGAACUUCCCCGUGGACGCCGUGAAGCUUCGCAUAGAGAAGACAGUCAUCCGCAGGAUCCCGGCCGAGGCCUUCUACUACCUGGUGGAGCUCCAGUACCUCUGGGUGACUUACAAUUCCGUGGCCAGCCUUGAUGUGAGCAGCUUUUACAACCUGAAGCAGCUGCAUGAGUUGCGCUUGGAUGGGAAUUCUCUGGCUGCCUUCCCUUGGGCAUCUCUGCUGGACAUGCCGCUUCUGAGGACCCUGGGUCUGCACAAUAACAGAAUAACCAGUGUGCCAAAUGAGGCCCUCAGGUACCUGAAGAACCUUGCCUACUUGGAUUUAUCAAGUAACAGACUAACAACGCUGCCACCAGAUUUCCUGGAGAGCUGGUCUCACCUAGUUGCAACAUCAUCUAGAAGCCUGGCCCUCACACCAAGAAGAAUUAUUCUUGGUCUGCAGGACAACCCUUGGUUUUGUGACUGUCACAUUUCCAAAGUGAUCGAGUUGUCUAAAGUUGCUGACCCCGCUGUAGUGCUCCUCGAUCCACUGAUGAUUUGUAGUGAACCCGAGCGCCUGGCAGGGAUUGCAUUUCAGCGGGCUGAGCUGGAGCAGUGUCUGAAGCCAUCGGUGAUGGCCUCGGCCACCCAGAUCACGUCCGCUCUGGGCAGUAACGUUCUGCUGCGGUGCGAUGCCACCGGCUACCCCACCCCACAGCUCACGUGGACCAGAUCCGACAGCUCGCCAGUUAAUUAUACAGUAAUUCAGGAAUCUCCAGAGGAAGGAGUCAGAUGGUCCAUAAUAAGCUUGACAGGCAUUUCAUACAAGGAUGCUGGGGAUUACAAAUGUAAGGCCAAAAAUUUGGCUGGGAUGUCGGAAGCUGUGGUUACUGUGACAGUGGUUGGUGUUGUCACAACCACCAUAUCAUCAGACACUUCUGAAAGAGGAACUGGAGAUCAGCCUGAGCAAGAGGUCCAGGCAGACUCUAGAACUCCAUCCAUACCUGGCCCAUCGGCAUCUCCCUGGCCUCCUUCCUCCGCUGCUUCUUCCACUUUUCUUUCUACUUCUACUUUGUCUCCUCCCUCCACUGCUUCCUCCUCCUUAUCUCCUUUCUUCUCCUCCUUUGUUUCUCCAACCACAACUCGAAGCACUAGAAUUUCAACAAGCACCACCGUGGCUGGCCAGCAGUCACUCCAGCUCUACCCAGAUGUGAAAAGAAAUUUAAAGGUGGAGAUGGGUGGAGGUAAGCUUCCUCCUGCUAGUGCAAGUAAAAAAGAAUUGGCGUUGUUGGAUCAAGCAAUGUCUAUGGAGAUGGGUGCCACAAUAGAAAAUCUCAGGGUGGUCAGCGAGACCGAAGAGAGUGUGACUUUGGUGUGGAACACCAUCAACAGCAUGCGUGACUCUGAGGUGAACGUGUUGUAUUCCAAGUAUGGGGAGAAGGACCUGCUGAUGCUUAAUGCUGACUCCAGCAAGAACCAAGUAACCAUAGAUGGCUUGGAGCCUGGGAAGCAAUACAUAGCAUGUGUCUAUCCGAAAGGAGUGCCUCCCCGGAAGGACCAGUGCAUCACCUUUUCUACUAGGACGGUUGAAGAAGUGGGUGAUUUUCAAGGGUCUUUCCUUAUCGUGGUGAGCGGUACUGCCUGUGUUGUUGUCUUGCCAUUGAUAUUUUUCCUGUUGUACAAAGUUUGCAAACUGCAAUGUAGGUCAGAAUCCUUUUGGGAAGAUGAUUUAGCCAAAGAGACUUACAUCCAGUUUGAGACCCUGUCGCCCAGGUCUCAAAGUGUAGGGGAACUUUGGACUCGAAGGCACAGAGACGAUUCAGAAAAGGUGCUGCUUUGUUCUAGGUCAAGUGUGGAAUCUCAGAUGACUUUUAAAAGCGAGGGUUCUAGACCAGACUAUUAUUGCUAAGGUUUUACAGCUCAGGUGCAUGUGAAUUUCUUCCAAUUGAGGAUCUGAGGGUAUAGUUGACCGUCUGUUUGGAUGACUUUUGGACAGACUUUCCCAUCCUUCAUGAAAAUCACAAAUGGAGUGCUUUUAAUUGUGUUUAAAAAAAUACCAUGAGACUUCUGAACUGAAAGGACAAAUAAUCUUGACUUUUUUUGUGUGGAAGGUGUCCAUAGAAAUAAUUUUUAGAGCAGUGCUUAAUAAGUUAUUAAUAUGUUUUAGGGUAAUGUUUUAGUCCUUAAAAAUAAAUUUAUGUGAAAAUGGUUGUAAAAAAGUGAAAUCUGAAUUUUAAAAAGAUAGUUUUUUGGGCAGUGAAGAAAGAUUAGUGUAACCAGCUAUGCCUUGACUUCACUCCUGUUCAAAGUGCCCUGUGGGGUUUGCUGUGGAUACUGGCUGCCAUUACCUGGUGGGCGAGAGUGGAAGAGUAAGUUUUGCAUUCGCUAAGGUGAAAUCCAGCCCCGUGGAGAAGGAGGGCUCCGUCUCUUCGUGCCCGUAGGCAUUACAAUACUGUGUAGUUGUAUUCAUAUUGCAAGUAAGAAACAGUUUUCCCAUGUCCUAAGAAACAUAGGUAUUAGCAAAAAUAAGUUUAGAAAGAGGAUCAUGAUGCAUAGUAAGGUCAUUUCAAAAAAUAGUAACUAUUGCAUUCUAGUACAUUUGCUAAGUGACUGUAUGGGUCUGUUUUUAAACCAUGGUGCUCCUUUUAAAACAAUCUCUUGAAUAUUUUGAUAUUUACUCUUCUUCUCUCCCUCCGCUCUUCCUUCCGUCGUUUCUUUUUUCCCCUUCUGCUUUGUCAGAAGAUAUUCAGGCGGCCAAAGGACCACAGCUAAGCUGUUUGUCUUUUGCCAUGUUAUUUUGAUUUCCUGGAUAAAGGGAAGAACUUGGAGAGUCUUUUUUAGAGCCAAAAGGCAUGUUUUAGGAUUUUGAAAGAUUAUCUUCAGUGGAUGCAUUUGGUCAGACUUUGUAGGUUAGAAACAUCAAGGAAAUUGAAUUGGAGUGGCCAGAUGAAUGGGAGAAAAGGAGCGUCAUAGAUAAAAUUUAGUUUUUUUUUUAAAAAGGAGUUUUUCACCACCUUUACUCAAGAUUAUAUUCCCUUUACAUUGAAGAUUUUGGAGUAUAGAACAGAUUUAUAAAGGUAUGUCAGAAGUCCUGAAAUAUCCUGAGAAGCAAGUUCUCAGAAAAUACUAUGUUUGGUAAGAAACAGAUUGUCUUUGAUGUAACACGUUGUGGAAAUUAUAAUACAAGCAGCUGCAGAAUGAGAAAUUGUUUAUUCCAAAUGGCUCUUAAUUAAAAAGAAAAAAGAAUUUCAGUUUAGCCAUAAUCCGCACAUCAGAAGAUGACCAGCAUGGAUGGAUGGCCUGCUCUGAACUCCCCCACUUCCCCUGCUGGUAUAAUUUCCUCUCCUUUCCAGCUUUUUUGUCCUUGGUGCUUCCAUCACUGAGUGCAUUAUCUAAUGAGCUAACAGUUUUUAAUUCAGUAUUCAUUGUUGGGAUUUGUUAGAAAAAUAUAUUUUGCAGACAAUUUUGUGUUUAGCUUCAAAUUAUUUUAGAUCAACUUAUUUUAAACUAAAAGAUUGCAAAAACCUUCAUUUCUCUACUCUAAAGAUAUCAUGAAAUUUCAUUGCCAUAUUUAAAGGGCUCUGCCAAAAUACUGCGGGAGAAUGUUACAGACUACUGAGCUAAAUGGCACCCAAAUUGUACAAAGGCAGGUUAUUUCAAAAAAGGAGACUUGGACCAUCAUGAUGAGAUAAGUUACUGACUGCCCUUAUAAUCAAAAUCAAGUGAGGUCUGGACUUAAUUUUGACCAAUGAGAAAAAGCUAGUUGGUGACAUGGAGGGGAGAAAGCACUUUUGUCAUCUUCAACUUGGUUUUAGCACAGGAGGUGAAUUGCAAGUAAUUUGUUACUAAUAGUGAAAGAAUAUAAUUGUAAGUCAUCUGCUUUCUAAAAAUACAUAGAUUUGAGUCUAUGCAAGGUUAUCCUGGUAAUAUCAUUGCUCUCAUGUUCUUACGAGUACGCUUUCUUGAGUGGGAGAGAAAGACUGACAUGCUAGCAAGCAGCAUGGAAUUCCACGUAAUCAACAGUCUGUUAAUCAAUGUCACCAUAAGCGUUGUGGAUGAUAUAUAGCAUAACUGAUAUUGAGCCAAUAUAUGUUGCAAUUAGAUAUAAUUACAAUGUCUUACUUUCAGACAAAAUAUAUUGGAGAUUUGUAAAAGUUGGGGUACACGGUGAGGGCGUGUUCCACGUGAGACUAUCAUCAGUGAUGUGCUAUGACAUAAAAAAUGUUGAGGACUCCAAAGUAAUAGUUUAUGAUGGCCGGAAAAGCAAACCGUGGACUUUGGAGUCAGAUAAGUGCCCUGGACUUUGGGAAACUUUUAUGAAAGUUUCAAAGAGAAAAAUUUUUGACCCCUAGGCUUGAGUCUCAAAAAGGCAUUAUGGCUAAUGAAGGGAGAUUAAAAAAGAAAUUUCCAGAUGAAUGAUUGUGAAAUAAUUCAAAUAAAAUGGGAGACAGCUCAGGAAAGUUGAAUGGCUGUCUAGUAACUUAAAAUUUCAAAUGAUAAGUAUAAAGGAAAGAAAGAAGUUUGAGUAACCAAUGACGAAUGUAGAAAUGUAGCAAAUCUAUUAUAAAAGUGUCAAAAAUUUAGACCACCCAAUAAAUUAAGGAUCAAAAAGAAAGGGUAAAGUUGACCAGAAGGAACUAUAAGGCUUGUUUUUUGUUUUGUUUUGUUUCAGUGGAAAGAGAAUGCUAAUGUUUGUAUUGAUAAGUAGACUUUUCUUUU